UGCGAUCGAUGCCAUCGCCGCAAGGUUCGUUGCGACUAUAUUUCUCCAUGUAUUCGCUGUAGAGAGGCUGAUGCUUCCUGCACUUACCUGUUGUUGCGAAAGAAGCGAGGUCCAAAGACACAAAAGCUCAUCCCAACAGCAUCGCCGUCUGUCGAUUCUGGUGAAAUUGCUACUGGCGGUAGCACCCCACAUACUGCGGUAGCUGCGACGCUCAACGACGGAGAUGACAGACUACUGGUGACACCAGUCGUAGAACGUGCGAUCGAUCUGUUUAUAGCACACCUGUAUCCGGUAUAUCCGCUAAUUAAGCGUUCACGUCUGGAUGACAUUGUUCGCAAUGCCGAGUCGGCUUCGCAGAGUGAAAAGGCACUCAUCUGGUCCAUAUGCGCGUCCACUCUUGCGAACGUCAACGGCUGGCCUUCCCUUGGGGCCGAACAGCGAGCAGUGUCUGCUCGGCGCUUUAUACGGCAGUAUCACCGUGCAAAUGUGAUGCGAGACAUAGAGAAGGCGAAGUACGAAGACGUCUUGGUGGCUCUGUUCGUUGCAAAUGCAUGCUUUGAGCUAAAGCAGAGAAAGACGUCAUGGUUCUACGUGAGAGAAGCGAUCAAUCUGGCAAUAGCAGCAGGUCUUGAUAACCUUGGAACGUACAGCGCGCUCGACCAAGAUACUGCAACAAGAUAUCGGAGAGCCUACUCGCUUGUCUUCAUUUCAGAGCGCGGUGCAGCGAUCUUCAACAACUUUCCUGUGAGCAUUCUCGAUCCGCCUACAUUGCCAUGCCUACCACUGGUCGACGAAGACGCAUCAAUCUCUGUGGGACUUGGCGCACUACAUAACCUCUUUAGCCUUCUGGAUCACAGCUUCGUGAGACUGUGGAACGAUAUGCACUCUCAUGCACCCCACAACACUAAUUUUGCGGAUUUGCUGCAGUUGCAACAGCACCUAAGGGAUGCGAAUCUUGCGCACGGCCUCUCGGACAUACAGCGUGCCGAUGUACUGAUUACACAGCAAUGGCUUCGUCUCGUCUUCUGGCAGGCCUCGCUAAGCCAGGGACUGGUAUCGUCAAACGCCGCGGACGCAGCGUUCUUGUACACAUACCCAUUAGCAAUAGCCGUUGACCUGUGUCAGAUCUUGCGAACACUACCGCCUAUGGCGAUUGAAGUACACGGCUUGGGCAUC